AUGGGUUCGACUGCGUCCAAGCCGGCUGCCAACGGCGCCUCCUAUGAGUGGAAGGGCUCAAGCCCCAUUGGCGCUUCCCAGGACCUGGUUAACUCGAUACAAUCAAACAAAGAGACCGACGCAUCCCGGGCGAAGCUGAUGGAGAUCCAUGUCGAGACGCGCGUUGCUGAACAGCUUCAGAAGCUGCACGAUAACGAGGCCGCGGCCCUAAAGGAAGCUCGCGAGAAGCUCUCCUCGGCGAUGUCACGGCGGACGAAACGCUGA